AAAUUUUUUUCUUGGCGUUGGAGACUAGCAGGCAUUGUCUGCUUAGGAAACUUUGUGGUGAUGACGUUACGUGGUUCUAUGGCUAUUGCUAUAGUGUGUAUGGCGGGCCCUGGGGGACAGCCUAGGUCAAACAAUUUUACAACGCGAGGAAUCAGUCUGUUAAAAAACGAUACAAGAACAUCAAAUACAUCAUUGCAGGCGAAAGAGUAUGAAUUUAGCUGGGAUGAAGAUAUCAGAGCUAUGGCUCUGUCAGCGACCAUGUAUAGUGGAUUUUUCAUGCCGUUCGUGGGUGGAAUCUUGUCUCAGAGAUUUGGUGCCAAAAACUUUAUAGUUGUUACUUUAAUUUCUGCUGGAAUCUCCUUCCUGUUAAUACCGGAAAUGACGAGGCUACAUGUCUAUGCUGUGAUUGUAUUGAGAUUUUGUGUCGGGCUGUUCACAGUAGGCUACAUGUCAGCUUUACAAGAUAUCUGGGCCAAAUGGGCACCACAGUUUGAAAAAGUUUCAUUAGUAUCCAUCAGCAUAGCAGGCAUCAAUCUGGCCAAUAUGUUCGCCUCUCUGAUUUGUGGUUAUCUGUGUACAAUCGAAGUGGACAAUGGCUGGCCUUUCAUCUUCUACAUUUUCGGUUCACUGUGUGUACUGUGGUGUUGUUUGUGGUUCGGUACUGUGUCCAACUCACCAGACGAACAUAUGUUUAUAACGGAGGAAGAACAGAAAUAUAUAAAAGAUAACAGAAUUGGCAUGUCAGGCAAAAAGAAAGCGAAAACACCAUGGAAGAAAAUAUUAACAUGCAAGCCGGUAUGGGCGUAUAUAGUUACUCAGUCCUGUAAUAUGUGGUGUGCUGUCACCCUUUUUUUAUUUCUCCCACUUUAUUUUAGUAGUAUAUUGGAAUUUUCUAUAGAAAUAACUGGAGCCCUCCUUUCCGUUCCAUUCUUCUUCCGUUUUCUUGGUUCAUUAUUUUGGGGAUUUCUCUCAGACAUCUUACUACGAAAAACUAAUUUAGGAGUUACAAAAAUACGAAAACUUAUUCAAGGCAUAGGCAACGCCUUGUCCUCAACGUUAGUAACGUUUGUACCAUUCCAGUAUCGAGCAGCAACUGUGGCCAUUGUGGCAGUAUUGUUAUUUUUUCAAUCAUCAGCAAUGGCUUCAUCUGCCAUUACACCUUUAGAUGUGGCUCCGAGGUUUGCUGGUAUUUUAACUGGUCUCUGUUUGGUGGUGUCAACAAGUUUAAGUGUCAUCGUACCCUUUGUGGUGUCUUCAAUAACCUUCGGGGUAAUAUUCUUUAGCUCAUUAACCAUCGAAUGGAGAUUUGUAUUCUGUAUGUUGACUGGCGUUUAUAUGUUUGGAGUUUUUGCUUUUCUGUUAUUUGGCAGUUCUGAAUUACAAUCAUGGGCGACAGAU